UCCCUCCUCCCUGCAGCUCGGCCGGCCCGCCGCUGCCCAGCCUGCUCUGCCUCCUCCCUCCCGCUGCUGCCGACGUGGCGGGGCGGGGAAGGGGAAGGAGCAGGGGGCGCGCCGGCAAGGGAACUGCUGAGCGAAUUGAAAAUGUCUGAAGACGUAUGUGAUGGCAUCCCAUCUGAAGAGAAACCUGAACUAAUGGAAAUGCCCAGCAAUGAGGUAUUGCCUCAUGAGUCAGUACCACACCUCGUGGAAGCUGAGAUCUUGCGUGAGUCUUCUCAAGAUGAACACGGACAGGUCAAUCAGAUUGCCAAGAAUGGACAGGAAGGAGACAAAUUUAUUAAUGAAAACCCUUUGACUGAAAAAAUAAUUGAAAGUCUGCCUUCCAUUGGAGAGGCAACUGAAGACGUGCCCACUGAGUGCAAUGAGACCGUAAGCCUUGAUGCAGAACCUGAAUCUGAAGAAACACUGCGUGAACAAAGCAGUCCAGCCACAGACUCUUCAUCUAAAGCAAGUAGAUGGGGAGCUUGGGGUACCUGGGGAAAGUCUCUCCUGUCAUCAGCUUCUGCCACAGUGGGUCAUGGGAUAACAGCAGUAAAGGAAAAAGCAGGAACUACCCUAGGAAUUCAUAACGCAAGUUCAGCAUCUUUGGAAACAGCAGAGCCUCCUGCAGCUGAAACACAAAUUAUACAAGCAGAAGAUUCUCUGGACCAAAGCUCUCUUGAGAAUGUUCCUUCUCCUUCAUCUGGAUCUCGUGGCAUGUUGUCAGCUAUCACUAACGCUGUACAGAACACAGGGAAAAGUGUAUUAUCUGGAGGCUUAGAUGCUUUGGAAUUUAUUGGGAAGACAACCAUGAAUGUCCUUGCAGAAAGUGAUCCUGGAUUUAAGAGAACCAAAACACUGAUGGCAAGAACAGUUUCUCUAUCUCAGCUGUUGCGAGAAGCUAAAGAAAAAGAGAAACAGAGGCGGGCCCAGCAAGUUACAGUUGAAAGAACAGCACAUUACGGACUACUUUUUGAUGAGUUCCAAGGUUUGUCUCAUCUUGAAGCUCUGGAAAUCCUGUCAAAUGAAAGUGAAGCCCAGAUUCAGUCAUAUUUAGCAACACUUGAUGGAGAGCAGUUGGAGACUGUGAAAAAUGAUUUAAUUGCUAUAAAGGAGAUUUUUGUUCCAAAGGAAUCAGAUGAUGAAGUGGUACAGACACAGAAAGCAGAUAUGGGAGAAGAGUUUGUCAGCAUGCUCACUGAACUUCUGUUUGAAUUGCACGUUGCUGCUACUCCUGACAAACUUAAUAAGGCUAGGAAAAAAGCUUACAAAUGGCUGGAAGAAGCAAGUUGUUCCACCCCAGUAGACAUAGAAGAGAAGCUAAAAGAAAAACCUGGAGAGCCUGGUGAAGAAAAGACUGAAAAAGAAGAUAAAACUCACAGUGAUAAAACAGAAGUAGAUAAAAACAAUAAUGUGGAGGAAAUCUACAUGCUGUCCAUUGAAAGUCUGGCUGAGGUAACUGCUCGUUGUAUUGAACAGCUUCAUAAAGUAGCAGAAUUAAUUCUACAUGGGCAGGAAGUAGAAAAAACAGCUCAAGAUCAAGCAAAAGUACUGAUGAAUUUAACAAGUGCCAUGUGCAAUGAAGUUUCAUGUUUAUCAAAGAAGUUUUCCGAUUCUUUAACAGCAGCUGGGAGCAGUAUGAAGGCAGAGGUUCUUAACCCCAUCAUCGACAGUGUGCUAUUAGAGGGUUGCAACAGUGCUACUUAUAUUCGGGAUGCUUUCCAGCUAUUGCUUCCAGUCCUGCAAAUUUCACACAUCCAGACAAGUUGUUUGAAAGCACAAGAGUGACAGUUUCCCAGCAGUUGUCACCACGGGGCUUAACAGAAACCACAGACCUAAUGGCUUUAAUGUAUGCAGAUAGAAGGAAUGGUAUGAGAGAUGUCUGGCCACUUAGAGUCUUUUGAAGACACUAAACGCAGUUUUGCACAUAUAAUAUUGAAGAACAUUUGAAACUCUUUCAGACUUUUAGACUUUAGUAGUUGUUAGUAAAGUGAGUCAUUUCUUUUCCAUUACAGUAUAUCCUUUGCAUUAAUUUAAACUGAAGUUUAUUGAUAUUAGCAUUGACUUAAAUAUGGAUUCUAAAUCUUGACUCUUUCAGUUGUAGAUGGUGUAUGAAGCAAAUUAGAAUGUGAAAUUUUUAAAAACAUUUCAGCCCAAGUGACCAUUUCCAUUGUGUGCAUCCUAACUGUCAGUUAAAAAUGUAUAUUUCA